GAAAGAAAAAGUUAAACUUAGACGUUUAGAGUUAGAAGCAGAGACUAAAAACGAGAAUAAAGAAAAAUUAGAGAAACCCGAAGUCAGGGUACAGAGGGCUGCUGCAGAAGAGAACAUGAAACAAGUGAAAUGCUACAGAUGCAACCGAAUGGGUCAUAUGGCAAAGGACUGUCCACUAAUAGAAUUUGGUGCCUGGUUUUGUUACUACUGCCAGGAAGUACGAGGUCACAAGGGUGAUAAUUGUCCGAGUGCCGAAGCCCAGGCGAACAGAGCUAGAGGAAAAAGGUAUUUAAAUAAAACCGUUAAUAAAAACAUAAAGAAAAAGGGUAGAUUUGUGCAAAAAGGCACAAAAAGAGUAGAUAACAAAGGGAAAAUAACCAAGAUACAACCAGCUGAGAAACCUAUAUCAACGAAAACAGCAAAUGAAGGAGAAUCAGAAGAAGGUAAAUAAUACAUGGUUAAAUUAAUAGAAGAUAGAGAUAGUUCAAAAGAGGUAGUCAAUUUUACUGCAGAUUCGGGUGCUACGGAUCAUAUUGUGAAUAAGAAUUUUAUUCUGUCAAAGUUUGAAAAAUGUAAAGAUAGAGUUAUUAAAUGCGGGAAUAAAAAUGAGCUUGCAAACAUUUCAAUAGAUGGUAAAGGAGAUCUUACGCUAAUAACGAAUGAAAAAGAAAAGAGAGUCAUUAAAUUAACAAAUGUAAUUGCAGCAAAGAAAGUAUCCAAAAAUUUACUAUAUCUAAGAAAGUUGGCUGAUGCAGGGUUCAGUAU